GACACGACGAGGGACCGACGGAGUAAAGAGUGACAGGUCUGGCCGCAGAGUGGCGGCUGCUCAGGGAUAGAAAGCCGGAGCUUGUUGGGAACCUUGCCUCGCGCUCCGUCACAAAACUUUGUCACCUCGCGCGUGUCUGCCUUUUUUUUUAUUAAGCUUCAAUUUAGUUUUAGAACUUCAGGGGCGAAACAGACCCAAGUUUGUUUUGUUGUUGUUUUGUUUUUUUGUUUUUUUAGAGGAAGCCCCCACAGUUUAUCUUCGAAGAACUUGUCUUCAACUUUUUACGGACGUUUUAGUGUUUGGGCUUGGCAGCUGUGGGUCGUAGCCAUGGAGAAAGGCGAGCGUCUCGCGGCAACGCAGGAGUUCCCACAUCCGUUCAUCUACCAGCUGAAGCUGACCAGGGCGCAGAAGAUCAGGGGAGUUCUGCUGGGCAGCAUCCUCGUCCCUCUGCGGAUCACGCUGGCGGUCUUAUUCUUCCUCAUCAUAUGGCCCAUUGCCCGGCUAAGACUGGCCGGCCUUUCCAAAGAAGAGCGUGCCCGACCCGUCACCGGCUGGCGUCGGUGGUUUUUUCACCCCAUCGUCUUGCUCCUGAGCAGAGCUGUGUUCUUCUCCAUGGGCUUCCUGUGGGUCAAAGUGAAAGGUCGCCGGGCCGAGCUGAAGGAUGCGCCGGUGCUGGUGGUGGCACCCCACAGCAGCUUUCUAGACAUGCUUGUCCUGUGCCCGGCGCAGCUGGCAACCGUUGUGUCGCGGUCGGAGAACAAAAGCCUGCCCGUCAUUGGAGCUUUGCUUGAGUUCAACCAGGCCGUGCUUGUGAGCAGGAAAGACCCGGAGUCGAGGAAGAAGGCCGUGACUGAGCUGAUCGAGAGGCUGACGUCUAAUGGCUACUGGCCCCAGAUGCUCAUGUUUCCAGAGGGAACCACGACUAAUGGCCGAACUCUCAUCAAGUUCAAGCCCGGUGCCUUUCUAGCUGGAGUCCCUGUCCAACCUGUUCUCCUGCGUUACCCAAACAAACUGGAUACAGUUCGAUGGACGUAUAAAGGAACAUCAUGGAUGGAGGCAGUGUGGCACACCGCCUCACAGUUUUACACAAACAUGACCAUUGAGUAUCUGCCUGUUUACGUCCCCUCUGAGGCGGAGAAGCAGGACCCCAACCUGUACGCAGACAACGUUCAGAGACACAUGGCCAAGGCUUUAGGAGUCCCAGCCACAGACUAUGUGAUGGAGGGCAGAGUGCCUGUGAGCAAACUGGGUGGUCUCUGUCUACCGCUGGUAUCUCCUGCAUGGGAGACGUUGUCUCUUCUGCGUAAAAAUGGACUGGAAGAACAUGAGAUCAAAGCGGGCCUGGCCAAAAUGAUUGACAGGUGUCUGUCGGGGGGUCAGGGGACAAAGGCCAGUGCAGACGAGCUCGCCUCUAUUCUCUCCCUGAAGGAUAAACGUCCAGCUGUCUCUAUCUGCGCCUUGUACUCAAAGGAUGAGACGGUGGACCUGCGACAGCUUUACUUCAGUGUUGCAGCUCUUACUGACUUCACCCACUUCAAGGACCUGCUUCAUUCUGCUUUCACGCUGUUUGACCACGAGGGAAAAGGCAGCCUGAGUGCGGAAGAGCUCUCCGGCCUCAUGGGGGCGCUGCUUGGCAUCCCUCAGCACAACACCGGGGCCCUGUAUGCCGAGGCCUCCGGUCAAGGCCAGCUUACUGAAGAAAAGCUGCUGCGGGUGCUGACGACCCAUCCCACCUAUCAGAGAGUGGUGAACGCCUACCUGCAGCCUAAGGAGCCCGGCUCACAGCCGUUGCUCGCUCCAGCAGCCAAUGGGAAGGCUGUGAAGAACGGGUCCACUCCCAGCACCAACGGGUCUCUACCCCACCACAAGCUUGAAUGAGCGUUUACCUACCGUACCGACGGUCUUAUUUCACCCUUUUCCCGAUCAUGUCAGAACCAAACCAACACAGUGAAUUCUAUUUUUAUACGUUUUAUGUCUGAUAUUUUUUUGUUUUAAGUGGAGCAUCAUUUGCACAAACGUGAAAAGCCCCAACGACGGGGGAAGAUUUCUUGAGAAGGGACUCUGAAGGUCCAGAUGUUUACUGGUGUGCGUGUAUUGUUGUUUUUUUUUCUUUUUUAUUAUCUUUUUAUGAAAUGAUUGUGUCACUAGAGGUGAGUUUUGCCUCUGAAAGACAAAAAUAAUUUAUAAAUAUGUGACUUGUGUGUGCCAGAAUAACUUAACACUGUAACAAUUAUGUAAUGUACCUGAUUCUUAGUCUUUUUUGUGUUUAUUUAAACAAUAAACUGAGCAGUUUUAAGCAUG